CUCCCAGCCUCAUUAAUGUGUUCAGACGCUCCUAGUUUACUCCUCCAGGCGGCAGUAUCGCAUGAACAGCUCACUUCUCUAUACGUACGCAGGAAACCGGCUCUAUCGGUAUCAGACUGUCAACAUCUUCCAAGAUUAACGCGACUAUGCGCCUCCUACAAUGUUCAUCUGACUCUGUCGGCUUCAGCCUCGUUGAGCGGUUCAAGGAAGAAGUCCCGCCCUACGCAAUCCUAUCACACACCUGGGGUUCGAACGAAGAUGAAGUCACAUUUUCAGAUAUGAGAGACGAGCGAGCCAAACGCAUCCCUGGGUAUAGCAAGCUAGUUUUUUGUUCUGAACGCGCUACUAGCGACAAACUAGAAUUCUUUUGGGUGGACACAUGCUGUAUUGACAAGAGCAGUAGUGCUGAGUUAACGGAAGCCAUCAACUCCAUGUACAAGUGGUACCAACAGGCUACGAAGUGCUAUGUUCUUCUUUCAGACGUGGAAAUCGAUGUGCCCGUCGAAGACAUAUCUGAGGAACAAUGGGUGCAGAUAUUUCACAGCAGUAGAUGGUUUCAGCGUGGUUGGACACUGCAAGAAAUGAUUGCGCCAAGAGUCGUCGAAUUCUUUUCGAGGACAGGGAAACCGCUGGGCGACAAAGUCACACUGCUACAGGCUCUCCAUCUUCGAACCCGGAUACCUGUUCUGGCACUCCAGAGCGGUUCACUAGAAGAGUUUAGCAUCGACGAGCGCAUAUCAUGGAUUGAGGGACGUCAGACGAAAAGAGAAGAGGAUUCAGCAUAUUCUCUAUUGGGUUUGUGCGACGUCUACAUGCCGCUAAUAUACGGUGAGGGGUUUGGGCGAGCCUUGACCCGGUUGCGCAAUGAAGCCGAGCGCUCGCUGCACGAUAGAGUACCAACCGAUCCACCUGGGGCACGUCGAUGGACGGUUCCUUUUCGGCGCGAAACCGAAUUCCAUCAUGGCGAUUGCUUGGAGAAGGUGUAUCAGACAUGCUCCCAGAACGGUGGCUGGGCAUCCCUGAUUGGACCCGCGGGCAUUGGGAAGACACGACUCGCUAUCGAAUAUGCCUAUCGAGUCCGAAUUCAGACCCCAACGAGAUGGGUUUUUUGGAUCAACGCAGAGACGCGUGCAAGUUUCAGAGAAGGUUUCAACGCAAUCGCCGCGGCGGCGAAGAUACAUCACUGGAACGACCCUUCUGUCGACAUAUGUCCAAUCGUGUAUAGAUGGCUAUGCGAUAUCGCAAAUGGGCAAUGGACAAUGGUGGUUGACAAUGCUGAAGAUGCCGACACCUUCUUCGUCUCACGCAUAUCGCGAAAUCAUGCAACAGCGGAUCCGAUUUCAUCCGUGCAGCAACUCUCCAAUUUCCUUCCAGUAUCCCCCAACGGGUCGAUCCUCUUCAUCACUCGAAAUCGAGACUUUACGCGGGGACUCAGGGGUAUCAACAGUAAUAUUGCGAAUAUCGAAGUCCGGGACUACGCUUCGUUCAACAUAGAAACCCACGUAACACCAAUUCUUCAGGAAACUCCAAAUGCUUCCGAAUCAUCACAGAUCUCUGGGGGCAAUGUGGUAGCAUUGCAACCGGACAAACGUACAGCCGAACCAACAGCGCCCAGAAAGGAAGUAGCCGUGUAUUGGACAUCCCGUGGUAAGCGCAUGUUCGACAAGUACGUUGACAUUGACCAUGGCGCUGUAAGGGAGCUCGAACGAGAGCUGCAAGCACGAUACAAGACUCCCGCGAAGGACACGUCAUGGAGCUUCGCACAAAUACUGCGCCUAUCAAGUCGGCAGGGUGGAGAUGGGAAAAUGACAGACUCGGAAGCCGAACGGGGAGGAUGCGAGUUGCAGACUCCUUCUGGUGUAUCCCGCCCGGUUGAUGCUACUGCGGCGUUUGAACGUGGAUUCAAAGGUCCAAAAGGGGAGCCUCUUCGUCUACUGGUAUGUGUGAAUGAUCAAUCGAAGUUGAAGUUGACGCAGGAGGAUCUGCAUGAUAUUAACGACGAUCGUCAACUAUUCCAUCACCUUCGAAAGCGGCUUUUGGCAUACCAACAUCGGGUCACUCUCAAAGACAUCAAAAGUUUCACUUUAGCCAAGGCUCGAUUACAACAACAACCCUGUAGUCUAUACACACCAAAGUUCGUGUAAAGUCUUAACAAAUAGGCUUUAUCACCCGGAUUCGGGAUUCUAUUGUAUCUGUCUUCCGCCGGAAGAGAUGGUCGGAAACGACAAGGAAUACAUUUGUAACCCAGCACCAGGAUCUCGAAAUCGGCGGCUGAUGCCGAUCCUUGGUUUCAACAUGUUGAAACAAGACCUUCUUGAUCCUGAUGCUAUCGCAGCUGGUCAAAGAACAGUCCUUGACCA